CCAUUUAAAGAAAUUACAACUAUAAUGUUAAGCAGUAAAUAUCCUACACUUUCAACUACAAUAUCUUUUUAUAAUACUCUUAUAGAUCAUGCAAAAGAAAUUAUUAAUACAGAAAAUAUUAUUUCAAUUAAAGCAGCAGCAGAAAAGUGCAAAGAAAAAUU